AUGGAUCCUCAUGAUUUGGCAUCGGGCUUUGCUUCAGUUCAUGGCGUGUGCGAUCAAUGUCAAACCGAAAAUCCUGUGGCCUGUCACAAUGAAACCGUAUACUCGCUCUGCAUUAACGGUACGGCCACGCUGAACUACCGUUCUUGCCCCGAAGAUUACGUCUGUACAGCCGAUGUGUAUGUUUGCUAUCCAAGCAAUUCAUCGGUUCCGAGUUGUGUUCGCACCGAAACCGAUGACGUAGAGCAGUUACAAUGUGGUGUUUGUGGUUCGAAAGGAAAAGUUUUUGCCUGCCUCAAUGAAACGACUGUGGCAUUUUGUUUCGGCGAUGAUAGUCCCCACUAUGAAUCGCUGUAUAAUUGUCCCGAAGGCACUGUUUGUGAUUUGAAUAGCGGCAGCAAAUUUUGCUCAAAUGAAACCGAAGCAAUGCCCAGUUGUAGGGAAUCAACAAAAACCACCACAACUACUCAAGAGCCAACAGAAACCACAACUGAACUGACCACAACAACCACAGCUACUACUACAACAACAACUACGUCACCAACGACCACGCCCACGACGACUACAGCAGCAUCAACAACAACUAUAACAACACCUGAGUCAACGACCACUGCAACAACAACAACAUUAACACCAACGACGACUAUGCCCACCACAACUUUAACUACAACAACGACUACGCCCACCACAACGUCAACAACAACACCUGCACCAACGACAACUACACCAACAACAACAACUGCGCCAGCAACGACCACGCCCACGACGACUUCAACUACAACAACGACUACGCCCACCACAACGUCAACAACAACACCUGAGCCUACGACAACUACGCCAACAACGACCACGCCCACCACAACGUCAACAACAACACCUGCACCAACGACAACUACACCAACAACAACAACUGCGCCUGCAACGAUCACGCCCACGACGACUUCAACUACAACAACGACUACGCCCACCAUAACGUCAACAACAACACCUGAGCCUACGACAACUACGCCAACAACAACAACUGCGCCAGCAACGACCACGCCCACGACGACUUCAACUACAACAACGACUACACCUGCACCAACGACUACGACACCAACAACUACUACGCCAACAACGACCGCGUCCACGACAACUUCAACUACAACAACGACUACGCCCACCACAACGUCAACAACAACACCUGCACCAACGACAACUACACCAACAACAACUACGCCCACUACGACUUCAACAACGACUACAACAACAACUACGCCAACAACGACUACACCCACGACAACUUCAACUACAACAACACCUGCAACAACAACAACUACAUCAACAACUACGACUACUGAACACACUCUAACUCCCGCAGAAAUUUGUGAAAAUAAUGGCGAAGAAACUAGUAUAGCAAACCCUGAUGAUCUAACCUGUACAGAGUGA